AAUUUCGACUGUACAUGUACAAGAACCACAACUGGGUCUUGGACGGUUAUUACAGUCUUGGAGAAAGACUUGGAGGACUGAAAACACGCGAGCUCGACUACAAAGUUUGGAAUAACGAAGGAAAAAUAUAAUACCUCGCUUGACGAAGGCUCUAAACAUACAGAUACAAGAAAAUUCUCUCGUGAAACAAUAUCAGUUUUAAAAGAGGCCGCUGACCCAAAUUCAGAAAUUAGUAGAAAAGUAGACGAAUUGCUCAAGAGAGGAAAAUGAAUGACAAAAGUAGUGUUAUAGAUAGAUUGAAUAAAAGAGAUGCACAGAGAUUAGAAAAACUCCAGAAAGCACAUAAAGCCAGGGACGAGGUUAACGUUAGCAAUGAAAAUGAGGAAUAUUUCGCUAGUUCAUUUAAAGUCAAAUCAGAAUACAUUGAAGACUUAUUAUCACAAAUUCCAACUUUAGAAACCAGUGCCCUUCCGUCCGUUUUCGACAAUAUCAAGAGAGAAGUCAAUGAACUGCAAAAACAUGUAGUCACAUCAUCUUUCUUCCUUAAAGAAUUUAACAUGCGCAAAUAUUUGGGAAUAGUGCAGAAUUUGCAAACAAAAUGUUACGAAUUAGAAGAAAGGUAUGUACCACGAAAAAAAUUUGGUUUCACAAGAAAGAAGCUUCCUAAAGCACACAAUGAUAAACAGAAAUUUUCUGAUGAAACAGACAGUGCCGCAGCCAGCAAUAAGUGGGACGAGAAGUUCUUUGGGUUUGAUUCUAAAGUAAAUGAGAUUUUAACACUUGAAAGUGAUGACUUGUUCCAAAGGGAUGUUGCGUUGCGUAAUCUCAGAAACUGUACAGUAGGGUUGAAAGGUGUUAUGGGGACUUUGCACAUUACCAAUUUAGAUAAUUGUAUCAUAUUAGCUGGGCCCGUAACAUCUUCGGUUUUUGUUGAGAAAUGUAAUGACUGUAAAAUAGUGGUGGCAUGCCAACAACUUCGUAUGCACACCUCCAGCAACUGUGAUGUCUAUUUACAUGUGACAAGCAAAGGCAUAGUGGAGGACUGCACAGGCAUCAAGACUGCUCCCUACAAUUUGUAUUAUGAUGAUCUUGAGAAACACUUUAAAAUGUCAUCAUUCGAUACAAAUGUGAACAACUGGGAUCGAUUGGAUGAUUUCAAUUGGUUGGCGCCCGACAUUCCUUCUCCUAAUUGGUCAACAUUAGAUGUUUCACAGAGAAUUUCGAAUUGGGGUGAAUGGUGGAAGAGAUUACCAUCAUAAUUUUUAUUACUAUAUUGUUCCAGCUAAGCUCUUUAGGUGCGAGGCCCAGAUGGGUAUGCGUGCGUUGAAUGACAUUGUUAAAGAUCGCGGGUGAGUCGGACAAUAACAUAAUGACCACUCAGCAUUCACCUUGUUUUGAGACUGAUGAUGUUUUUAUAUCGCCUCUGUAAAAUACAAGUAAUAAUUUUUCUUUGAAUAAAUGAUAAUGAUAGCAUCGCACAUAAUCCUAUGACCUCGCUCUUAAAGUUUAGCCUUAGAUACAGAUCUAUCUCUAAAUAUAAGGAAUAUGAGAUAUUCCAUGUGUAUCUCAAAUUACACAAACGCCAUCAUACAUUUACUAAAUUUGCUAACGUUAACUUUUUUUUAUAAACUUUCAUUUUAUUCCAGACUAAUAUAUUGGUCAUUGCCUUUAUCAAGUUUGCAUUUUAAUUUAGGGUCUAACCACAUUGUACAAAUAGCCUUAUAUACGGAUAAAUUAAUAAAAAAAACACCAGUGCACGUUGCAAACUUCGCAAUACGCAAUUCCUCAUGUAAGGAAUCUAAACUAAGCUUAAGCUUGCACUGGAGAUAAUAAAUAAAAUGAGAAAUCUAAAUUUCUGUGCGGAAAUAAUGAAAAUAUAAUUUGCUUAGAUAAUACAUUAAGUAGCAUUUAUGAAAACUAUAAAUUAUGUAAUAAAGGAAUUUAUAACGAUA